AUGGCGAGGGAAGCAUUCAUUCCCUUUCUCGUCGCCAUGAUGUUGGUGACGGGGGUCUGCAAUACCAUAUUGAACAAAUACCAGGACAUGCAAUGUGUUCGAGACUGCGACUCGGCCAAUCCGGCCCAUCACAAGCUAUUCGAGCAGCCCGUUAUCCAGACGGCACAAAUGUUUGUCGGCGAACUAGGCUGUUUCCUCGUUGUCCUGCUAUCCUACCUUCACACUCGAUUCGUGGCAUCACGAAAGUCAUCGACCGCGCCUCUAUUCGCCGGUGGCUAUCGCCCCGUUCCGGACGACGAUCAUCUCCCCGAGUAUCAUGAUGGCGAAGAAGACGGAGAGAAUGAAGCUGGAGCGAAUCAAAACAAUCACAUCCCCGAGGCAGCUAUCGCAAAACCUCUCGACGAGACCCGCCGUGUACUCAACGGAUGGAGAAUCCUCAUGCUUGCUGCCCCAGCAUGCUGCGAUAUUCUGGGUACAACAAUGAUGAAUGCCGGGCUUUUGUUUGUGGCUGCUAGCAUUUACCAAAUGACUCGAGGUGCACUUGUGUUAUUUGUGGGCCUCUUUAGUGUGUUGUUCUUGCGUCGCAAGUUGUACUUGUACCAGUGGUUUGCGUUGGUGAUUGUUGUGCUGGGCGUGGCAAUUGUCGGUUUGUCUGGUGCGCUUUUCGGACAUGAUCAGGGCCACGAUCCCGAUAGCGGCGUCAGUGACUCCAUGCUUAAACUCGCAAGAGACGUGGAUGCCGCAGCUCGCACCCCGGAAGCCGUCCGAGUCAUUAUUGGUGUUUUGCUUAUUGCCGCUGCGCAGAUAUUCACUGCUACACAGUUUGUGCUUGAGGAAUGGGUCCUAGAGAAUUAUGCCAUGGACCCCUUGAAUGUUGUUGGAUGGGAGGGUCUCUUUGGACUUUCGGUUACAGUGAUUGGUAUGAUUUUCUUGCAUUUGACGAUUGGAUCGACCGAGGCUGGUCGAUACGGAUAUUUCGAUUUGAAGGAGGGCUGGAGACAGGUCACCCACAACCGGGCUAUUGCCAUGUCCAGUCUUUUGAUUAUGAUUAGCAUUGGUGGCUUCAACUUCUUUGGCCUCUCCGUCACGAGAACCGUCUCGGCAACCUCUCGCAGCACAAUCGACACAUCUCGUACACUUUUCAUCUGGCUCGUUUCGCUCGGUCUGGGCUGGGAGUCAUUCAAGUGGCUCCAGGUUUUGGGUUUCGCGCUUCUCGUCUAUGGCACGUUCUUGUUCAACAAUAUCAUUCGCCCACCUCUCAAGGCGUGUUUGCCUUCGCUAAGAGAGGAGGCGCGCGAAGAGCUGCUACCUGAGGAGCCGAUUGAGCAUAUUUGA